UUUUCAUUUGAAUAAAAAUGGCGUCUGUUUUGGAUGUUGUUCUUGACGAGAUUGGUCUUUCUGGACUAGAAGGUUGCACGCCUGGUCAAUUAUGGGACCAUCUCUUGGCUCGUUCUCCUCCCCUUCCCCUUGAUGUCUCCUCCUCUUCUGUUAGAGAAUAUCUCUGGGCUCAGAUACUCACCUUUACUAAAAUGAUCAGAAUAUACAAGACCAUCUCACCACUACCUCCACAGGAACCAUUUCCUAAACACAAAGUAUUGGAGAGUGGUGCCUUUUGGGAGGAGUUUGUACCAACUCACAAGAACAAGAUGAUAGUGGAUAUUGAGAGAGGAGUGAAAGGAUCCUGUACCUCUUAUUACGAGAGAGAAGACAUCACCAGUGACAUAUUGUCCUCCUCGAAUAGGUCAUUGAAGGAGGUUGAGGAAAAGUAUGGUAAGGACUCCAUUGUCCUCGUUGGCUCUCAAACCUGCCGUGAGAGGUCACUCUUUCCGUCACACUUAGACCCCUCUCUAGUGCCUUCCGAUAUAAAGUACUCACUUCUUGAGAUUGUUGGGAUCUCUCGGUCCCGUGGGAUCUUCAGGACAAGCAUCACGAAGAACUAUUUGGGUAUUGAUCCUCGUAGCACCUUUCACUUUGUGAAGGUUCUGACUAAAAUGGAUCUCGUUGAUGUCAAGGUAAUGAAGUUAAAACCACCUCAAGCAAAGUCCCUUCAAUCAAUUCAUGUCGUCUUUCUCAAGAGGUUCUCUCCUCAGUAUUAUGGUUUUGGUAAAAUGAGUACCAGCGAUCAGAUAUUGUAUGACAUACUUUUAACAUCUCCUAAUCACACUGCUCCUCUUAAAUUUUGUCGCGAGAAAAUGGGUAAACGGCUAUUCAAAGUGACUAAGACUGCCUUGGUGGCUAGUGGAGCUAUUGAAGUGUUAUACCCCAGCGGUAGCAGCUGCCCUGAAGAUGAGGAGGAGGGAGAGGGAAAUAAAGAGCCGCUCAUUAGAUUAGUACAAGAACCACCUGCUAUAGAGGAUAGUGGCAGCAGUGUCACUGAUGUUAAAGAUGAAGAUGAUGAGCAGGAAGAACUGGCACAAGGUAGUCUGUCUAUUGUUGCUGAGCUUCCAUUGGACAUCCAAGCAUAUCGUGUUAUUGAUGACAGUGGACCUACUGGAAUAACAAUGAGAGAUUUUACCCAAAGAACAUUUAAAGUGAAUCGCUACAUUUGUCGCUCUAUGGCAAACAACUUGAUAAAGAGAGAGUCAAUCAGCUCCCUAUUGAUGGACUCUGGAGCAUCUAAAGUUAGGGCAAUUAACCUAAUCUCUCAGAGACACGUUAUGGACAAUAAAUCCGUCAUUGAUUUUGAGGCUGAAAGAGCAAAGAACCCAAACCAGCCAUUGCUCCAGUCUCCUCUUCAAACCGGCUGUGACAUUGUCCAUCCCAAACACCCUUCCUCCUCUAAGCCUCCAAAGAGGAAGAGAAUUAAACUUGAUACCUCAAAGGAGCUAGGUGGGGCUAUUUCUCCUCUUGCCCCUCGACCAGUUUCUGAAGAACCUUCUCCAACAAUGGAAACUGAAACGGAGACAAAACCUAUUGAAAAAUCUAAGGCAUUGACACUGAAUCAGCUAAAAAGGGUUAAUCUGAUAAUGACUUUUAUGAACGAAAAUAGAAUAAUUGAAAACACGGUAGCACUUAGAAAUUAUUUGAAAGAGAAAGGAAGCAUCAAUUUUUUGGAUAAAAGAACAUUGGCAAAACUCUUAAAAGUGUUAUUGGACAGUGGACAGAUCUGUAAAGAAGAGUUUAGUCUCCCUUACUUUAACACUAACAAGCAGUACACUAUCUAUUAUUUGUCUGAGAUUUCUCAGUCUCAAAUUGAAGAGUACAAGACAGGUCUUGGUGCAAAACUUGUAAAAAUCUGCUUUAGAAAAGCUGAGUGUGUUUCUUCUGAUGAUGAUGAAGGUGAUAAUGAUGAUCCUGUCAAAACUCCAAAGGUUCUUACCUGUUCGAAGUUUCAGCGUCUCAAACACCUUCACUUAUAUUUGUGGAUUUUGCUCCAUGGGUUUCAGCCCAUCCAUGAUUCUGAGACUCUGCCCGAUGCUAUAGAGACUGGAUAUGAUUCAGUGGCGGCCAUUUUUCCCGAAGCCACUUACCCGUGGAUGGGGAGUGUGUCUCAAUUGCCUCUGGCAAGCAGAGAGAGUGGGAACUUGAAUUUAUCCGAUGUGUUGUAUCACAUGCCUUUGUCACUACUGAACAUAGUAGGCAUCACUUCUUCAAGGAUGAGUUCUAAGAAAUCAAGGUAUAUUACUGACGAGACUUACAGUAAAGUACCUUUUCACUUGCUGCCUAAUAAAAUAAAGAAACUGAUCUCUACCAAAGACCGGGAUCAGUAUACGUUAAGGAAUGAACUGGAAUCACUUGCUUCAAUGAAGCUACUGAUUUUAAACCAUGACCCAACUCUGGUUAAAAGACAUGUAAGAAAGGUUACAGUGAGUCUUAACUAUAACUUAGAGAUACUAGAUACAACUGCUGCUAAUCCUCGACACUCAUUCUUUCUCUCGGAAGCAAAGAAAUUAUUUCCGGUCUUGCAGCACCCACUCUCUUCUCUUAAAACUUUAGAGCAUUACUGGUUUACGCUUCGUAAAAUAUGCAUUGCCACGCCCAUUACAAUCUCCAGUGGCAGGUUGAGCAGUAGAAAUAGUUCGGGUAGAUUUGACGUCUACCCAUUGCCUCAUACAAAAUUGAAGAAUAGAGUAGCAAAUUUUGAAUUUGAUCAGAAAGGAUUUGGAGCAGGUGGGAUCCCACCGUCUCUCUUCUCACACAAUUUGAAAAGGUGGUCUAUGCAUCAGAAUAGGGAACCCUGGGCAUGGGAAAGGGGCGGAGUAAAGGGAGGGGCUCGUUUGGGAAAGAUUUCUGCCUCAACGAAACAGUUACUUCAUUCUGGUGGGCGUGGCUUAAAACGAAACAGAGCAAGGAAAGCUUUGAAAAUUGCCCAUAAAGUUCACCAGAAAGCAAAAGAGAAGACAAGUAUAGCAUCACUCGUAUCUUUAAAACCUUAUAAAGGUUUUAGUCCAGAAGAUAUAGCUGCUCUUAGUUUAAGAACAACUAGAGAGCGAUCAGUGUGGUUUCCACAUGAAGAUAAUUUCAUCCUUCUAACGUAUCUUGCUACGAGAGUUCUUCUCAAAUUAGGUCAUCCUCCUACUCACCAGAGCAAACUCAGAGAUGCACUUCACAAGCAGUUCAAGUCUUCAAGUGAUAAAAAUGUCCCAGUCAUACACAGGAGACUCAUUAGAUUAUUAAAGAUGUACUCUAAUGACAGCCUUGAGCUAACCAUCAAUGAAAUACUUGAAGAAAUGAGCUCAAUGAGUCGUUCUGUACCUGAUCAAAACUUUGAUUCCAUUUUAGAGUUCAUUCUCAGUCGCUAUGUGUCACAUGACGGUCACAUGAUCAAUAUUUCCCUUCAAACUAAUACCCAGAUACUCCCGUCAACCCUUGAGGAACUAGCUGAAGACUAUGUACUGCCAUCACUGACUGAGGAUAUCAAGACUGAUGAGUUUGACUCGUUAACACAUAUUCAGACUAACGUCCUGGAUACUAUACUGGCUGUGGUUGGUCCUGAUUCUGAUGGCAUUGAAUCCUACGACAUUUACAAACUCUUGGAAACUUUUCCUGAAGCUGAUAUACAACGAGUCAUAAAUUGUCUAAAAUCCCGUUUGUAUGUAGCUGGAAAGAAAGCAACUCCAGGCACAACUACAGGAGUGUUAGACAACAGAGGGUUAAAAUUAGGAGCUAAUUUAUACCAGCUGUUUGAUGGCCGUUACGGUAAAGAAUUUUUCAGUCAAUUGAGUGAGGCUUUAGCUUCAUCGUCUGAGAAGGAUUUUGAAAUUAAAACUGAUGCUAUAUCUGGCGGUCAAGUCUCGUACCUCAUUUAUCAGCUGCUAGAAAAUCCUUCAAUUAGGAACAGAAGUGUUUGUGAGCCCCAGUUUGCCGAUCCCCUACUCAUCAACGAUCCUAACAGCGUCUUGUCAAGAAACCUUGUUCAGUUAGCAAUGGCGGAAGUUGAAGCCGGCGAAGAGGAAGACGAAGAGAGAGAAGGAGAGAGGAACAUGGAAGCUCAAGAAUCAAACAUACAAGAAGAGAUGGAAGUGACUACUGAAGGAGAGAGUUUAAGAAAGAGCAGUUUGGAAAGAAGAGGAUUAGCUCAAGAGCACCAGGGACAUGCUAAACCCCACACUUCAGGUCCUAUGAUGAAAGCCGGUAUCGGUACUUUACUGAAUAUUGAUGAGUCAUCUCACCUGCAGCAUGGAAUGCUGCAUAUCAGACCCCCUGUCAAUAUUGGGUGCUUGCUGGACCCCUUGGAUGAAGAGGAAAAAGGAGAAAAGGAAGUUUUGGGUGUCGGCUUAUCGGAAGAAGUUUCUUUUGAGUCUUUUGCUGCCUUUGCUUCUACUCAUCUUGGUUACUCUUCUGUUGCCAUAGAAACAGCAAGACAGAUUUAUACUAUCAUUGAUGGAGCCGGUAACAAAGGGGUUGCCAUGGAAACGCUGAGGAAGAGAACUACUGAGCAAGAGAGAGAGGAGGGAAGAGAUUUUGUGAAAAUUCUUCAAGAUCUGAUCAACUUUGAUCUGAUCUUUAGGGUUGGUACUGCAUUUACCCUUUAUGUAUCCACCAGUCAUAAGACCAGCUGGUAUUUUAAACUAGAUAAUGAGGAGAUACCGAUUAGACCAUGGAUACAGAAAGAAGAACAGGAAUCAAGUAUUCUUCCUCAAUUUCAAGACGGAGUCCUUUCUUACAUAAUUACCCAUCCUGGUGUCACCAUGGCAGCAUUAUUGGAUCACUUUAAAGGUGUUCUUCAGAGAGUCAGUCUAGAGGACAUAUUAGAGAAUCUUUUAAUUGGAAACUGCAUCAAGAAAUACACUUUAGUACAGACCCCCACAACGACAAGCUCCUCUCCCUUUUCAAAGCUUUCUUCAUCAAUUAUUAGAAGUUGUCAUGAUGAUGAUUUAUCAGUUUCAAUAUGUUUUGAAGCUAUUCUUUCAGCUGAAGUUUUAUGGGCUAAGCAAAAAUGAAUCAAGCAUAUACAGAUCUACAUACAUACAGUUAUUUAUAUUUAUUCCUCUCAUUUAUAUUAUUGGAGCACAUUAUCACUCCAUUAUGACUUAUAAGC